GCGGACCUUGUUCCGUGUCGCUUUCCCCUUCUUCCCGGCAUUCCCUUUUCCGCUUUCUCAAGCCGCUUCAGUAGUUCCGUAUUAGACACGCUUCGCGCCCAGGAGUUCUGUGACGUCAUCUCUCUGCGCUGUGCGGACACCGGGCGGUGAGGCAAGGAAAGGUUCCACUGCCCUUCGCCGCUUUUGUUGGGCUGCUGCUCCUCCAGGUCAUGGCGCCAUCACUGUGGAAGGGGCUGGUGGGAAUCGGCCUCUUUGCCCUAGCCCAUGCGGCCUUUUCCGCGGCGCAGCAUCGUUCUUAUAUGCGAUUAACAGAGAAGGAAGACGAAUCACUGCCAAUAGAUAUAGUUCUUCAGACACUUCUGGCUUUUGCAGUUACCUGUUAUGGUAUAGUUCACAUUGCAGGAGAAUUUAAAGACAUGGAUGCCACUUCAGAACUGAAAAAUAAGACAUUUGACACAUUAAGGAAUCACCCAUCAUUUUAUGUAUUUAAUCAUCGUGGUCGAGUACUGUUCCGGCCUUCAGAAACAGCAAAUUCUUCAAAUCAAGAUGCUUUGUCCUCUAAUACAUCAUUGAAGUUACGGAAACUUGAAACACUGCGUCGUUAAUAUUUUUACAAAUUAUAAUAAUAGGACAGGACACAGAGCUGGAAUAUUGGAGUUUGGGGUAUAAAACACUCCCCCAUCAGUAUUUAUAAUGAAAUGUCAGGCCUAAUUUUAAGAAGUCGUGGCCCCUUGUUUGUACACUGUUAAUCAAAUUGUUGACACAAUGUUAAGUUAUCUAUGAAACGAGUCUGAUCUUUCCUAGAGGGAACUCUUUUUAUUGAAAACAACUUCACAUCUUUUGUAAAAGUCACUGUUUUGAACACAUUUCUUUGGAAAAUGACGAUGGUGUUUAGUGGUUAUUUAUUUUCUUAGGUUUCUUUUGCACUUCAGUUUUUAGGAUCCUUUUGGAAAGAGUAUGACUACUGCAUUUUGCAGCGAGAGUGACAAUGGAAUGGUCUACAGUUCUUAACAAGUGCAUGUCUCUAAAAAGACCAAAAUGGUGACAUAGCAGUUUUUGUUACGCCCCCUAAAAGGUGACUCUGCGUCAGCAGAUUCUUGCCAGCUUUUAAUUUAUUCAUGACUUCUCACCCCACCCAGCUCCCAUAUCCCUUCUAACAUCAGCUGUCUUGUUUCAUCACUUCUCUGGGGUUCUGUGUGCAGUGAACAAUUUUCUGUGUCAGAGAGUCUUUGUCAUAACAAAUAUAUUUAACAAACUCAACUUGCUAGAGAGCAACUUGUGUUCUUCUCUUCAGUUAUCUAUAGAAUUUCUCCUUAACUGGCCCUAAAGUGUAGUUGAAGAUAGACCAAAAAAGACCAUCAAAACCGAUUACUUGUCAUUAGCCAGGUUAACUUAUUUAAAGUCUGUUUGUUGUAUACUAAACUAGUGAAUCAGUUAAAAUGAAGGACACUUCAUUAAAGGUAGACUUUAUAGAAAUCGGGCUAAGUGUGUUCUAAAUACCUGGAACUACUCUUUAGAACAUAGAGGUCAUUUAAAAAAUGGCGACUUGUCAUUUCUAGUUCAUAGCAGGCUCAGACUUUUCCAUCUUGUAUGUUGCUGAUGGUGAGGACGAAGAUACAGAGUAGAGAUAUUUUAGCAAGAGGAAUUUUAAAUUUUGGGAAAUUUGGUUAGCUCUCUGAUAUGCAGGAAACUUAACUUUGUAGAGAACACUCAUUUGUUGAAUUGUGUAGGUAUGAAAACAUUGUUUUUGUUGAACUCUCUAGGUGCAAAGGGAAUAACUGUUUGCAGAUAUGAAAAGGAAAUGUACUUAGGACCAGAGUCAUAAGAUGCCCUAUGCUUGUUGGCAUUUUCUACAUUAGACAUGAGCCUCCAUUCUUCUGUUUUGCCUGUUAAUACACAGCCCCAAAGCACGAAGCUAUUUUGUCAUUAGACUUUUAUUGUUUAUUUAUCAACCUAGUUUAUGGAACACUGACUCAGCUCUCUAAGGAGAACAAAGUCAGAAUCCUGACAAUGACCUAAAAUAAUUAUAAUUGAGUUAAAAAUGUGAUGAUAAUUACAUAAAAAUAGUACGUAAGAACAAGUUCCCUACAUCAGGUUUUUCCACUGUUUCUCUUCAAUGUGACUUGAUUUGUUCUCUUUUGAGAACUCUCUUACUUUCACAAUAUGUUUUGGUAAUGACUUUAUUGAGAUACACAAUGCAGUUUACCCAUUUAAAGGGUACAACCCUGUGGCUUGGUACUAUAUUCACCUAAAGCAUGACCACCGUCAGUUUUCAGAUGUUUCCAGCAACCCCCAAAGAAAUUCUUUAUCCUUUAGUGGUCACUACUUGUUUUCUUUUAAUGUUUCCCAGCACUGGAUGACUACUAAUGUACUUUCUAUUUCUAUAAAUUUACCUAUUGGCAGUCACUUCAUGUAAGUGAAUUCACACACUAUCUGGUCUGUUAAGACUGGUGUCUCAAAUAAGGUUUUGUUCAGUGAGGAAUAAGAACUUCUCUUCUCGAGAACUGUGAUAGCUAAGGUCAGAAGAUAGAAUGAGGGAUUGAUUGUCCGACACCUAGCCGAUUUCUUAAAUGUUGAAUACAUUUUCUCCGUAACCAGGCAAUCAUGGUGUAAUACUAUUUGUAAUAUUUUGGUUGCUCUCUAGGAUGGAAAUUGAAAUCUUUACUUGCCAUUCAGGAAAAUCCUGCUAGAAGUGAUGCCGAAUACUUUGGCAGAUAAUGGAAACUGCAUUUUCCUGGCAUAUGUAACUUUACUAGCUGUUUAUAUACCUCAAGCCAGGUGAGCGCCCCAAGUUCCUUUUUUUAAAUUUUCUCCAGUGCGUUUCUGCUGUGUUUUUCAAAUAUUAGUGGCCAUUCGGGUAUAUCAUAACAAGGAAUUAAGGACAGAAUUUUAUUUAUAAUAAUACGAGACUACGGUCGGUCAUGUGAUGUGAGCUAGUUAAGCCUACCGUUGACUAUGGUUUCAGUGACUUUCACAAGUGUGUGCAAUUUGAAGGUGCUCUAGAUUAUAGGAAGAUUCUUAAUAACCAGGGAGCCAGCCAGAUAUUAUGGGCUAAUAGCCCAGUUGUAGGAAACACUGGUUGGCAAAUUGGAGACUAUUCUGCAAUUCCCUCAAUGGUUGUUUUCUAUGCAUUGUGGCUUGUUUCUGAGUGACAUGACAGCAACUUCCUGGUUGUAUGUGGCCUGUUUUCAUGAUGUAUUGAGUUGUGUUGUUUGUUGUGAGCAUUGAUGCCUGUAACACCAAGCUAAACACGUUCUUUUGGAUAUGUUUCCUCUCUUUAAAUGACCAUGCCCUGUCCAAUAAAUGAAUGAUUGUCUCACCCUGA